CAUUGCACAGAUAGGAAGAGAGGGAGGGGGAAGGAGAGAGAGGAGAGGGAGAGAGAGAGCGAUAGUCAGCACCCGUGAGAGGGGAACAAGAUUCAGCCGCGCGGAGAGAGAAGAGAAAAAAGCAGUAGCCAAACGAACAAAGGAAAACAUGGAUGUAACGGAAAAACGCUAUUUAAAACAAGCACAUGUACCGGAGAGGAUGUUUUGGUCGUCCUGCACAUAGUAGGGGGUAACUCAAGGACUCUUCCCCCUGUUUUUAAUGUUGCGCGUGGGGACGCAAGGAAAGCUUUCUCUAAUCCGUCUGCGGAUCCUGCCUGCUUGCGAUGGCUGUGGCGGUGCGAUGCUGUUACAGCAUAACUCAGAAUGUGCCUUUUACUUUUUAUUUGGUAAUUUUUGUACUCAGUGGCCUUACAAAUGCACAAAUACGAUACACCAUUCCGGAGGAGCUCGAGAAUGGGGCUGUGGUCGGCGACAUUGUUCGCGAUUUGGGUCUGGACCUGCAAAAGCUCUCCUCCCGACGCGUCAGAAUCACCUCGGACAGCGCACGGAGAUAUUUCAACAUAAAUCAUAAAAAUGGCAAGCUGUCGGUAAGUGACCGCAUCGACCGGGAGACGCUGUGUGAAUUCAGUGGCACCUGUUUGCUCAACCUAGAAGUGGGGGUUGAGAACCCGCUCGAGGUGCAUAAUGUGGAGGUGGAGAUUCUGGAUGCGAAUGACAACUCGCCACAGUUCCCCCGGGACGAGUACCAGCUGGAAAUCUCAGAGUCUGCCAUAACUGGGUCCCGGUUCCCCAUCGAGGGCGCGCAGGAUGCAGACGAAGGCUCCAACUCAGUUCGCCUCUACCGGCUCAGCAACAAUGAGCACCUCGCGCUGGACUCCAACAAGCCCGCGACAAAUAGCAAGAACAUCCAGCUCGUGCUCAAAAAGCCAUUUGACCGUGAGCAUACACCAUCUCAUCAGUUGAUACUGACUGCUGUCGAUGGAGGCACUCCGGCGCGCACAGGUACAGCCAAAAUCAACGUGCGUGUCCUGGAUUCCAACGACAACGUGCCUGUGUUCGACAACUCCGUGUACAAAGUGAAACUUUCGGAGAACUCGCCCAAGGGCGCUCUAGUGAUAAAGUUAAACGCCACAGACCGGGAUGAAGGCACAAACGGGGAGGUGUUUUACUCUUUUAGCAGUUACACCCCAGAGAGGGUGAGACAAAUGUUCUCCAUGGACACAGAUACAGGAGAGAUCAGAGUGAAGAAAAACAUAGACUAUGAGGAGACUAACUCCUAUGAGAUGUACAUACAAGCUAUGGACAGGGGUCCUUCUGCAGUGGUAGUCCACUGUAAAGUGGUGGUGGAGGUUUUGGAUGUGAAUGACAACAUUCCUGAAAUCGUGCUGUCAUCUCUUUCCAGCCCGGUCCGGGAGGAUGCCCGGGCUGACACCGUUGUGGCUCUGAUCAGUCUUAACGACCGGGACUCCGCCCAGAACAAACAGGUGACCCUGGAGAUCCAACCUGGUGUCCCCUUUAAGAUCAAGUCCUUCCGGAACCACUACACCUUGGUCACCGCUGCAUUCCUGGACCGAGAGACCAUCUCCACCUACAACGUCACAGUAACCGCCAUCGAUGGGGGAAUCCCAGCCCUGUCUUCACACAUGUCCAUUAAAGUUGACGUGGCCGAUGUCAAUGACAACCCUCCCCGCUUCGAACAGACUUCCUACACAGUGUACAUGACGGAGAAUAAUGCACCUGGCGCAUCGAUGUGCGUUGUAAAGGCAAUGGAUGCAGACGCUGGGGAGAACGCUCGCAUCACCUACACCGUCCUCAAUGACAACAACCACGGCAUCCCUGUGGCGAGCUACGUCAGCAUCAAACCCGACACGGGAGAGGCCUAUGCCCUGCGAGCCUUCGACUUUGAGAAGCUCAGAGAGUUCCACUUCCAGGUGAAAGCCCAGGAUGGUGGCGUGCCGCCCCUCAGCCGCGUAGCAACAGUCUACGUUUACAUCAUGGACCAGAACGACCACUCCCCCAGGGUAGUCCAUCCUCCAGCCAAUGGGACGCGGACCACCGAGACGCUGAUGAAGAAUGCAGAGGCGGGGGCUCUGGUGACCAAGGUGGUGGCGUGGGACGGGGACGCAGGUCAGAACGCCUGGCUGGUGUACGCCCUGGAGCAGACCACCUCUGAGCUGGACCUGUUUAAAGUCCACGAGCACACGGGGGAGAUCCGCACCAUGCGGCGUGUCAGCGAGGACAACUCCACCUCUUUCCUGCUGACCGUUCUGGUCCGUGACCAUGGCCUCCCGCCGCUUUCCUCCACCGCCACCAUCAAUGUGCACGUCAUGGAGCUGCCACCCAAGCUGACCCCUGACCCCAAACGCAUCAUCAGGCCUCACAGCCCGCUGCUGUUCUCCAACGUAACCCUCUACCUGAUCGUGGCCCUGAGCGCCACCACCUUUGUGUUCCUUGUCACCAUUGUGGUGCUGGCCAUCGUCCGCUGCCACGCCUACUGCACCCAGCCCGGCUCCUGCUCGCCCUGCUGUGUGUCCCAAAAGAGUGUCCCCGAGGGGGGCACCUCGGCUGGUGGGGGUGGAGGGUCAUUGGGUCGAGGUGGCGGUGGUGGGGGAGGUGGAGGAGGUCAGGGUCAACCCAACAACAACGUUGCUCUGCGGAGGGACCUGAAGGUUGAACCUCACUACAUCGAGGUGCGGGGGAACGGCUCCAUGACCAAAACGUACUGCUAUAAGACAUGUAUGACGGCCACGUCGGGGAGCGACACCUUCAUGUUCUAUAACACGGGCCGGCCCCACAGCGGCACCUGGAGCUCCGGGGGAUACGUCACCAGUCAGAGUGGACAGAGCCAGAUGUUUGUACGCAGGCUGAGCAUGCCAGAUGCAACCGCCAUACAGCCCAAGGUGCCGAAUUCAGACUGGCGUUACUCUGCCUCACUUAGGACUGGGAUGCAGAGCUCAGUGCACAUGGAGGAGUCGUCGGUGAUGCAGGGAGCCCAGGGGGUUAUGGUCCAGAACUGGCCGACCGUGUCUAGCGCCACCGGAGAUGCUGAGGGUGGAGAGACGUCCCCGCCCAUGGGAGCCGGAGUGGAUAGUAACAGCUGGCACUUCCGUUACGGUGCAGGCGGUCCCGGUGGGCCCCCCCAGCACCUGAAGCCUGGCGAGGUCCCCCCCGAAGCCUUUAUCAUCCCCGGAUCCCCCGCAAUCAUCUCAAUCCGCCAGCAGGGAGGAGAGGACGACAAGAGCGACUUCAUCACUUUCGGAAAGAAGGAGGAGGCCAAGAAGAAGAAGAAGAAGAAGAAGGAGAAGAAGGAUAAGAAGGAUAAGGGGAAGGAUGAUGACGAGUAGCGGAGGAGGAGGAAGAGGAAGAGAAGGAAAGGGAGCUGUUAAAACAGAGGUAGCAACCAAAGUCCACCUGGUAACAAAAAUACAAGUAUUUGAGACAACAGGUGAAAAGAGAGAUCCCCAGUUCAACUUCAUCAUCUCUGGCUCAGUAACACAGACAGGCAGACAAAGUCACACUGCCGUCCUCUGCUCAAUACCCACCCCUGGAACAAAGAUAAUAGCCCAGGUCUUUCUAACUCUCUCUGAUAAUAAUCUGGCCUUACUAAGAUUACUGUAGUUUAACGUCUCCUCCAAAUCCCUGUCUUGGGUAAUUGCUUAAUAAUCAUGCCUUGAUGAGAAAAAAAUGUUUUGAUGCAUUUUCCUCCAUGCCCCCUGGUGCCUGCCUAUACACCCUGAGCCAAAUCAUACCCUCCCACUCUUCUGAGCAAGGGAACAAGAGCUACUGUCUCCCCUUGCCCUCUGCUUUUCACCUUCUCUCCCACGGAUACGUUGGCACCUCGGUCUUACCCUUUCCCACCAUGUUGUAUAAUCUCUUUUCUUUGAAAGGAAAAUAAAAUCUGAGGAUGAGAAGAAAACAGCUCUGUGCCAGCCUCGGAAAAAGAACAAAAAAAGCAAAUGUCAAGAAGAAGAAAAGAAAGUAAAUCGAAGACACAGACAGCGCUUGAUGUUUAGAGCUGGACACUCACACUUGUAAAUAGCACAGGAGAGAGUCGCUAAAGCUGAGGCUAAAGGCUAACAUGACACUGCUGCUGCAGCUUCCUAUCGCGUUCUCUAUCUGUCAGUGUUCCCUGAGCCGGCAAGGAAAACAUGGCUGUCAAUGAUACACACAUACACGUUGACACACACACACUCACAAACAUGGACACUGAGAACACCUGAGACCUGGAGAGAGGUACAAAAUCUAGGAGCUGCCAACAAACCACAGCGAACAAAUAACAAUAUGUUUAAUACAAAACGCAAGCUUUUUCCCCAGCAGUACAGUCUCCUUAGCAGUACAGUCUCCUUAGCAGUGCACACGUGUACUGUAGAUCUAGCCUCUCAGGAUCGACACAGCUGCAUCCCCUGCAAUAACUCCUGGUUCGUCUGCUCAAUACUCUAUUCUGGGACAAUGAGAUCUCUCUCUCUCUCUCUCAAAGCAACCAACAGCUCAAUGAAAUCCCUCUCAGACAACAGCUCAAUGAGAUCCCUCUCUCUCAAAACAGCCAACAGCUCAAUGAGAUCCCUCUCUCUCAAAACAGCUCAAUGAGAUCCCUCUCUCACAAAACAGCCAACAGCUCAAUGAGAUCCCUCUCUCUCAAAGGAGUCAACAGCUCAAUGAGAUCCCUGUCUCUCAAAACAGCCAACAGCAAUGAGAUCCCUGUCUCUCAAAACAGCCAACAGCUCAAUGAGAUCCCUCUCUGUCAAACCAGCCAACAGCUCAAUGAGAUCCCUCUCUCUCAAAGGAGCCAACAGCUCAAUGAGAUCCCUGUCUCUCAAAACAGCCAACAGCUCAAUGAGAUCCCUCUCUGUCAAACCAGCCAACAGCUCAAUGAGAUCCCUCUCUCUCAAAGGAGCCAACAGCUCAAUGAGAUCCCUGUCUCUCAAAACAGCCAACAGCUCAAUGAGAUCCCUCUCUGUCAAAGCAGCCAACAGCUCAAUGAGAUCCCUCUCUCUCAAAGGAGCCAACAGCUCAAUGCGAAGACAGAGAAAGAGGGAAUGAGAGAAAGGAGGAACACUUCAGAUUAUCUUGAGAACAAAAGAGACGAGUCCAGCUGAGUUGGCCUGUGUUCCAGCUUGUUGAUCAGGGCUCAGUUGGAACCUUGUAGAAUAGCAGGAGUGUCUCUAGCUAAAGAUGAUCUCUCCCCUGCCAGUCAGCAAAAGCCUGAUGCUUUCUGCUCUGAAUGUUUGGUAGCAACCAUCCUUUACCUGAUACCCAACCUGAUCUCUAUCCUCCCCACUCCCCUGAGCUUUCCACCCUCAACCCCACACCACCCCUCCCUUCCCCCAACCACAGACUGCUUCUUCACGUGAUGAUGAUGAUGAUGACAUUUGUGAAUCUUUUUCUCUUUUUAUUUGUUCUUGGAGAAGAGCCACGAUUUCCUUCUCUGUUUUGUUAGCUUUAACUGAUCUGCAGUGCUUCUUCUUGUCCCCCCUGCCCUUCAUCUCUCUCUUUUUCUGGCCAUAGACCCCCCCCCCCCCCCUCUAACCCCCUGUUCAUUCAGGGUGAACUGGGAAGGCCUACUCUGAACCUUGUGGUGUGCUGGGAUCAGUAAUAUGUGUGAGGCCUGUAGAACCCAGUCGGUGCCGGUGGUCCAGUACUCUGUUAGCCAAUGUCAGAUGCCUCUAAGUGCAAAACGGUUGAGUGCUUUUAACUUGUGAAUACUACGCUGUUCAUUCCUGUUUUUGGUCACUGGCGAGAGGGGACGAGGUGGGAUGGGGACAGGGAUGGAGGUCUGGGGCAUGGUGCUGAGGGCUGUCCCUGUCCUCCAUGUUCCUGGGUAAACAUAUAUGGAAACAGUAAGUCACCCAUUGGCUUUUAUGUACACGAUAAAUGUAGAUUUAGACUUGCUUUUCAUACAUGGACUUUGCAUUAAUAAAUGCGAUGUGUAACCUGAUUAUUACAUUAUUAAUGACUAAAUACGAGCAUCUAAUGAUUCCUGCCCCACAGCUCUAUCCCACCAAUCCUCUUUCAGGAGGUUUUGUGAAGGGGUGGAGACAUGCUUCAGCCCUGCUUCUAUUGGUUCCUCCUUCCCUUGCCUGUAAGUUGUUGCCACACCCCCCAAGUUCUGCAGCUCAGUAUGACUUCACUCCACUAAAGUGGCUGCUGCAUGUAAGUCCCAAAGGAAACAUAGUAUAUAGAGAAAUAUAUAUAUAUAGAAAUAGAUGGUUAUGAUUUUAUUAUUUUGUACUAUCAUUUUACUUCAUGACUCGCAAAGGAGAUAUUUGUGUGUACCGUCUCUACCAUGCAUCUUGUGCAUAUAACAUCCUACACACUCCACAGUGGUGUUAUACGUUAACUUAACCUCUUAGAUAUUUGUAAAUGCUAUAGUGUGAUGGCCUUGAAUGCAACUCUGUUCAUUUUGUUUUACCAAAAUCAAAUUUUCGUUUUUGAGAACAAGCAAAAAAAAGGAAAUAAAAAAAAUAAAAAAAAUAUAAUAAUAAUAUGUUUUGUGUCCGGCUUUGACAUGAUGCUCUACCUAACACUAAUACUGUAAUUGAAAUAUGUAUGAUCCUGUGAUGAGCUAUAUUUUCCCUUCCACUCCCUUUCAACAGAUAAAAUGUAAAAAAAUGACAGAAAAAAAGUCCACUGUAAAAAUGGUAUAUGUAGUGUAUGCUUGUGUUUAGUGAGCGUUCACGCUGUCAUUCUUUAUUUAGAGUACGGUGGUGAACAAUGGUGGUGCUGUCCUGGUCUACUGGGCAGUACUGAUCUGUUGUAAAAAACUUUUUUUUGUACACCUGCUCAUCUACUAUGACUGUAAAAUGGUGAAAUUGCAUUUCUUUCCGUUGUUUUAUUUGCCCUAAAUGGAUACAGUGGUAAUGUGUUUUGUUUAUAAAUCACUCAAUAAAGUUUUCUUUCAUAAAAAUGAGA